CGGAGGUGCGCAGAUCGUGUACGUGGCGACGCGGCGUCACUGCGUCCUCACGCUUGAUUCUGACAGCCGACAAGCACGAGUUCCGCGGGGCGGCGCCAGCUCACAUGAAAACUUCCGUUCGCGCGUCUCGAGCUCCUCGGAAGGGUAGUGAAUGCCACCUGGAUCCGAUCCAUGUACUGUAUAUUCGUUCCAGAUGCAGGGCGGCCGGAGAUCGGGAGGACCUCGGAAGAUCUCCGAGGUGUCCCAGUUCAAGCAAUUGACCAAGAGAGACGCUCUUGUCCUUAUGCUCAACGAAAUCGAGUCGUUAGUGAGCACUUGUACAUCGGAGAAAGAUGCCGUUGAAGAUGAGCUCCGAAGAUUCCAGCGAUUGUUCACUCGAUACCUAUCGGCAAGUCCUCGAAUCGAUUGGGAAAAAAUCGAACCGCUCCCCCAGAACGCGAUUCAGGACUACGCUUCGCUGGAAACUCCAUCGGAUGAGCAAGUGAAAUCGAUGCUUGCAAAAUUAGUCGUGGUUAAACUGAACGGCGGCUUGGGAACGUCUAUGGGAUGUCAGGGACCCAAGAGUGCGAUUUCGGUCCGGAACGACCUGACCUUCCUCGACUUGACGGUCCAACAAAUCGAGCACCUGAACAAGAAAUAUGACUGCCAAGUUCCCUUGGUACUGAUGAAUUCAUUCAACACCGAAGAAGAUACGAAACAAAUUCUACGCAAAUACAAUGGCUUCCAAGUGCAGAUUUACAGCUUCAAACAAUCGCGUUUUCCCCGUAUUAGCAAAGAGACUUUGAUGCCCAUUACGAAGUCUUUCCAAGACGACAAUAAAGAAGCAUUCUACCCGCCAGGGCACGGGGACUUCUACGAAUCGUUCCUUCAGUCCGGUCUGCUGCAGCACUUCCUGGACGAGGGUCGCGAGUACGUGUUUAUUUCGAACAUCGACAACUUGGGUGCCUCAGUAGACCUUAACAUUCUGAAAUUCCUCUUGGAAUCCUCUCCGAAACCUGGCUUCGUUAUGGAGCUCACCGAUAAAACGCGAGCCGACAUUAAAGGUGGAACCCUCAUUCAGUACGAGAACCACGUGAAACUCUUGGAAAUCGCUCAGGUGCCACCGGACCACAUCGAGGAGUUCAAGUCUAUCAGCAAAUUCAAGAUUUUCAACACCAAUAACUUGUGGAUUAGACUCGACGAGACCAGAGAAAUCGUGGAAAAGAACGCGCUAGAGCUAGAGAUCAUCGUGAAUCCGAAGUGCUUAUCCAACCACGUCGAAGUCAUCCAACUCGAGACAGCAGCCGGAGCAGCGAUCAAUCACUUCCAGCAUGCUCUUGGAAUCAGAGUGCCCCGUUCGAGGUUCCUGCCAGUCAAGAAAACGUCUGAUCUCAUGAUGGCCAUGUCGAACUUGUACAACAUGAAGAACGGGUCGCUCAUCAUUUCUCCUCAAAGACCGUUUGCUGGUGUGCCACUCAUCAAGUUGGGAGACGCACACUUUUCCAAGGUGCGCGAUUUCCUGGAUCGAUUCAAGUCAAUCCCAGACAUCCUGGAAUUGGAUCACCUCACAGUCUCGGGCGACGUGACCUUCGGAAAAGGAGUGGUUCUCAGAGGCACGGUGAUAAUCAUAGCGAAUCACGGGGACAGGAUCGACGUACCCGCCGGGGCGAUACUGGACAAUAAGAUAAUGAGCGGGAACCUCCGCAUUUUGAGUCACUAGAAAGCUCACGGAUUCGUUCCCUGGAUCGAUGGAAGGAACAGGGCUAUCCACAAACGGGUUAAGAUUCGAAUUGAGGCAUCGAAAAGAAAACCCAAAUAAAUCGUCGAGGAGCAAGUUCUGCGCCAAA